AUGAAAUCGAGAGUGAAUCUAGUCGCGAUUCUGUUAACGCUCAGCUACUUGGUACGCACGUUGGAAGGCUUGCGAGACGAGAAACAUGGGAACCAGAAGGAGUACCCGGUUGGGAGGAAGGUAAUCAAGGAGGUUCAUAGCAAGGUUGCAGCUCAGAGCGCGGUUCUUCUGCGUAGACAAGAUAAAAGGAAAGUGGCCAAGACUCGAGUCAAGAAUACUGGCUUGGGUUUGUCCAAAGACUAUCUUCACGAGUCAGACCGUCCUCGGCGAAGGAAGCGGAAGAUGGACCGCACUAUGAUGGCGCUGCUGAUGGCCUACAAGCUGAAGUUCGUCGCUCUGAUUCCAACCAUGGUCGGUGGGUUAAUCCUGUUAAAGGCCACUGCGUUGCUCGCGGGCUUCUUCUUCGCGCUGUUUGCCGCGGUUCUAGGUCUGAAAACGCACUGA